GUACCGUCACAGCCGCUGCAGGGCGCAGCACCGUCACUGCAGACCCACAACAACUGAGAGUGGAGACGCACAGACCAUCUCCAUCAUCCGCAGUCUCCUUCUCAUCCUACUCGGCUGACUGACUGGCAGAUCACCCCGCUGCUCAAACUAAACAACUAACUAACUGACUGACUGACUGCAACGCUAACAGCACCGGCUGCUUCUCCAUCAGCACAGGAGCACAACAGCAUGUGAAUGGCAGCAGAAAGCGGCAGAGUUGUCACAGAGGAGCAGGAGGAGCUCCCAGCCUCUGGAGCUGUCACCCACGCUCAACACACACACACCCGGAGUCAGAGCCACAUCCAGUUUCAGCCUCUGACCUACACCACCCAGUGGCAGGCUCCUCGCGCUGUUGCUCACACAAGGAGUCACAGCCACACUCACUUCAACACGCUCUCACACACACAGCCUCAGAAGUACGGCUGUCGGCUCACACACAGUCUCUCAGCCAUGACAAAGGGAGAGAAGGGAGUGCAGGGCUCUGUGGGGAAGCUCAUCAAGCCAACUGAACCGUUGUUCCCCAAAACUCCUCAGCAGACCGACUUGAGCCACAAAUUGUCGUUAUGCAGUAAGUUGUGUUUUGCCAUCGGCGGCGCACCCAAGGAGGUGGCUGCCAGCGCCACAGCCUUCUUCCUGCAAAUCUACCUGCUCGAUGUCGCUCAGAUCACGGCCUUCCAGGCCUCCAUGGUGCUGUUCAUUGGUAAAGCCUGGGGUGCAGUGACUGACCCUGUUGUUGGGUUCUUCAUUACAAAGAGCAGAUGGACCAAGAUUGGAAGACUCAUGCCUUGGAUGGUCGGUUGCACUCCGUUUCUGGUGGUCUCCUACUUCUUCCUAUGGUUUGUUCCUCCUUUCAUCGGCGGCAGGUUCGUCUGGUACCUGGGUUUCUACUGCCUCUACCAAACCCUCAUCACUUGCUUCCACGUGCCUUAUUCUGCUCUCACCAUGUUCCUGAGCAUAGACCAGAAGGAGAGAGACUCAGCCACUGCCUACCGAAUGACAAUGGAGGUGCUGGGGACACUUGUGGGAGCUGCCAUCCAGGGCCAGAUUGUGGCCAGCGCUCACACUCUAAAGCACUGCCCAACUCACAACAUCUCUGCCGGUUACCUUGGCAACAGCAGCGGGGCAGAGAUCGUCAAGAGCCUGGUGCACUCCCAGGACUACCUGUCACAUGCUAAGGAGGUGUACAUGAUAGCUGCUGGUGUUAUUGGAGGAGUGUUUAUCAUCUGCACGGUGGUGAUGUUCCUGGGAGUCAAAGAGAGAGAUGACCCGUAUGCCCCGAGGACUGAGAAGCAGAUCCCGUUCUAUAGGGGCUUCAUCCUGGUGAUGAGACACGGGCCAUACCUCACUCUAACCGCUGCAUUCCUCUUCAUCACUGUCGCCAUUCAGCUGGUUCAGAGCAACUUCGUCCUCUUCUGCACUUACGCUGCCGACCUGAGGGAUCACUUCCAGAACAUCGUGCUGACCAUCCUGGUUUCUGCAGUGAUAAGCAUCCCACUGUGGCAAUGGUUUCUGCAGAGGUUUGGAAAAAAGACGGCGGCUUUUUGUGGUAUCACUUGGAUCAUGCCCUUCACCUUGAUGCUGGUGUUCAUCCCUAAUGUGGUGGUGGCCUAUGUUGUGGCUGUCUCCUCUGGACUCAGUGUGGCUGCCUCGCUCCUGCUGCCAUGGUCUAUGCUGCCAGAUGUGGUGGAUGACUUCAGACUGGCCAACCCCUACUCUAAAGGCCAUGAAGCCAUCUUCUACUCAUUCUAUGUCUUCUUCACCAAGUUUGCCGCUGGAAUCUCCCUGGGAGUGUCCACCCUCUGCCUCGAGUUUGCAGGGUAUGACACCGGCGCCUGCAAGCAGCCUGCUCCUGUAGUGUACACCCUGAAGCUGCUGAUUGGUGCUGCUCCAGUGGCCUUCAUUGUUACAGGGUUAAUGAUCCUACUCCUCUAUCCCAUCAGUGAAGACGUACGGCUCAGGAAUAAACUUUGCCUGGAGGAGCUCCGGAAACAAAGCAUCAGCUCCAGAACCAUGGAAGAUUUGAAUAACGUGUGACUUGGAUCUUGAAUGGAGUGAAUUUCCAAAAGCCACGUAUUCCAGUAACACAGCUGGAAGUUUGUUCUUUAGUGUAUAUUACACUGAUAAAUAGUUAAAUUGUUUUGAUGUAAACAUUCUUUGUUUCAUUUUCACAUGUACUGUAUAGUCAUCUUGGAUAUAUAUAAUAAGAUUACCUAAUUUAUAUAAAUGAAUGUAUAUUAUUAUUAUUUGCUGUGUUUAGCUCUACAACACUGUUAUUUAUUUAUAAUAUAUAAUUACAAAGGGUUGAUGAUAUGAAAUGAAUAAAUGUUGUAGAGGUUGGCUGGUAGACAAUAAAUGUGUGUGUUGUGUUUCUUUGCUAAAGAGGUGGUAGCUAAAUAAAAUGAGUAACAUACGAAGGAGUGCACACUAGUUAUGCAAAAUUUAAUAUUUAAAGAUACACUUUUCUCUGCAUAUUAUUCCACAUUCCAUGUCAGUACUGUACAGCCAUGAAAGGAAAGUUUUUGUUGAGUAUUGCGCCCUCCUGUGGUCAGUUGAGUUACUGAGAUUGGUUGCAUUCCAAACGUAAGAGAAAAUGAGCUUCAAGUGUGUUUUUAUGAACAUUUUUUAUUUUUGUAACAACUAAUGGAGCGUUGGUAAAUGAAGUUGUAACAUUUGAAUGGGACUAUUAAUCAUAAAAGUGCUAAUCCAGGUUUUUCUUUUUUUUUUUUUAAACACAUGAAGUCAGAAUCAUACACCUUAUUUUCAUUAGUGGAGGGGUUUCUGCUGUUCUCCAGUAUCAACAAAUACAAAACUACAUCAAACAUUAGCCGAUGUCGGUUUUGUGUCAGGAUAUCUGGACAGUCAGAUUAAAACAGAAAAUAUGUUUGACUUGGACAACAACUGCACUGUAUUUUGUCAAAACAAAAAAGAAAAGUAAAAUGUCACUUCUUGUGGGUAAGCUUUCAUCUCAAAGCAGCAACUUGUAAACAUCACAUCUGAAUAGGCAGCCCUUUUCAAAUCACUACUGUUUACAUAUACAAAAAUAAAUCUGACAUAUAACUUAUUGUGUAUGGGAGUUUUUUGCUCUGUCUGCAUCGUGAACUUGGAUCCAUUCGAUGACAUUUAAAUAAUGGAGAUA